ACAGUAGAUUCGUCGUAUUUCCGUGACUCGCAAACGCCAAAUCUGGCGACACUGAUUGUAUUACACUGCAAUGGCGUUGGUUAAUUUUUGAAAAUACAAUUGCGAGUCCAACGAUUCCGUUUGAUUUUCAAUGAAACUAUCGGACACAUAGUGUCGUAUCGAUUCUUUCGCCAAUAUUUACUUCGCUAUGCCUUGACGAAAAACGUGCCGCUCCCGAAUUCGCCGCGUUUAUUUCAUAAACAAGUUGUCUUCCGUUUGACAGGACUUGUCUAAACAACAGUGCCAAUAAGCGUCUAAUGAUGUCUGCUACUGAAACCACGGUUAUUUUUGCCAAGUUGGAAGCUCUGAAAGACAUCAAGUCGAAGACUGUUCAAUUGGAGAAAAUGAAACAGAGGAUUUUACAAGAAGUAGAACAGACCGAACAAGAAGAGAAAUGUUUAAUAGAAUACAAACAGGAAAUGGAUCUUCUUAUGCAAGAAAAAAUGGCACAUGUCGAAGAAUUGCGUCAAAUACACGCAGAUAUUAAUGCGAUGGAAGCUGUCAUUAAACAAGCAGAGGAAGCUAGGAACAAAGCAAGAGAGACUGCAAAAUUAAUUCAUAAUAACGACUAUCAACCCUUGAAGCAUGACAUUGAUCGUAUGCGCAGAGAAUUCCUAGGACUAGAAAGGUUACCAGAAUUGUAUGAAACUGAAUCAGAUCUCAUUUCACCAGAAUGGUUUGUUCGCAGCUAUUUCGACCGUCCGAUGCAGAAGGCAGAAUGGAGGGUGGAAGUACGGGGUGAAGAUUUAUUACCUCCACUUGCCUUACACCAUCCUGGUCAUCCAGGUAGUUCUACACCUUUCCUUGCCCCUCAACCCCUUCAAGGUCCAAGUAAACCAGAACCAAGACCAUUACCCCCAGCACCAGGUCCACCUGCUCCAACAUUCAGGUACCACUGGCAACAACCGCCUCCUAUGAAGUCAUGUUUAUCCUGUCAUCAACAAAUUCAUAGGAACGCACCAAUUUGUCCCCUUUGUAAAGCUAAAUCGCGAUCACGCAAUCCCAAAAAGCCAAAGAAGAAAGACUAAUUGUAACUCUAAGUGUAAUUUAUAUGAAAUAUCAACAUUUCUGUCAUUUAUUUCUAAGAAUCCAUGUUAAUGUUUUUUUAAAACUUAUAAUCAUUCUACAAUCUCGUAAUUACAUAAGAACAUACAUUACUGCA